AUGGUGAUGAUGGUGAGAGACGUUACACAGUUCCAGGAUCUAAUAGGUGAAGAUGUGGACUUGAUGUUGGACUCGAAAAACCUUGACGGAUUGCAGGUAUUUUCCAAAGGGUUUCAGUAUAUGACUCAAUGGCUUCCCUUUGAACAAAAUUCACGGCUAGGGUUGGCUAUUUCCUACGGGCUGUAA